AUGACAACGCUUCAACAUUUAGCCGCAAUCCACUUGGUUUGUGUGGUAGCUGUUUUUAUUGUACAUCGUAGAUUCCGUAGCUCAUACCGUUUACGUGAUCGAGACAUGAUGGUAAAUGGAAAAAACGUACGGAAAGAAUUAUUUCACUACCUCUCCAUAAGUGGCUCAUACCGUAAGCAUAUUCGCAUGAGUGAGAAUGCUUUCAAUAUAUUAUGUCAUAAGUUGAAAAAUAAGGGUGGUCUUCGACCAACUCAACAAAGAGAUUCAAGACAACAAGAGAUUUAUCCCUUUUAUAAGGAUUGCAUUGGAGCAAUUGAUGGAACACAUGUUUGUGUGAGAGUGUCAAAUAAAGAUGCGCCUAGAUUUCGCGGUCGAAAAGGUUAUCCAACAAUUAAUGCGUUAGUUGCAUGUACAUUUGAUCUAAAGUUCACAUACGUUUUGAGUGGUUGGGAAGGCACAGCAUCAGACUCGAGGAUAAUAAAAGAUGCCCUUAGUAGAGAUGAUAAGCUAGUUAUUCCCGAUGGUAAGUUUUAUUUGGUUGACGGUGGUUUACCAAAUAGAAGCACACUCAUAGCACCUUAUAGAGGUGUUAGGUAUCAUUUGAAGGAGUACUCAUCUCGUGCACCUCAGAAUACGCGAGAACUCUUUAACCUUCGUCAUGCAUCAUUACGAAAUGCUAUUGAACGUGCGUUCGGAGUGCUUAAGAAACGAUUCGCUAUAAUAAGAAGUUCAAAUGAACCUUUUUAUCCUCCUGAGACGCAAUCUGACAUAUUUUUGUCAUGUUGUAUUUUACACAACUUUUUACUAGAAGUGGAUCGUGAUAAAGAACUUGAAGAUGAAGUGGCAUGUGAAGUUUUAGAUGCAUAA